CCAACCCAAAAUCCCCCUGUUUUCUGUAAAUUUGUUUGAUUCUUCCAAGCCAAAAACCCACAGAGCACAAAAGCCAAAGGUGAAGUAGAAGGAGAGCAAAAUGGAGGGUCUUAUUCCUUGUGUGUAUAGAGCCAUAGUUCAAUACAGGAAUGGAAAAGAAGGCGCACUAGCAACUUGGUUCAAUGAGUCCCCCUCGCCUUCCUACAUGCGACUCCCUGGUGAUUCCGGUCGGUUCCAAAUCUCAGAUGGUUUUUCAACUUCUUCAACUUCUUCCGUCACUACUACUUCUAACACUGCUCAGAUUAUCAUAUCCACCGGAGUUCACCAAUCUCCGGUCCAUCGCUUCACCUCUCGCCGUCUGGUCGCCUGAUCAGGAUGAUCGUGGAUUUAUAUAUAGUACCGGAAUUGACAUGCCAUGAAGUAAGAUGAUGGUGUGAAAAGCUUUAUGUAUGUGAAUUAAAUGUUCUGUUUGCUUUUAAUUUUCUUAAUGUUUUUAGUGUAAUGAAAAAUUAUGUGUAGGAGAGGCCGAAGGGAAUCAUCCUAUACGAACAUUGUGUGUAGUGUGAAAUGUGAAGGAAAAGGAAAUUAGUUAUGAAAAUAAUUCAUUUGUGAUGUC